AUGCUGUGCAAGACUCUCGCCACUCUUCUCCUCGCCGCCACAGCGCUGGCCACGCCAGCCCCAGAGGUGACUGCCACCGCUGAGUCGUUUGGCACUGAUUUCGACAAUGGUACCAUUGCAUCAGCCUCCUCCGCGGCCGAUGCUUUCCUUGCCGAUAUCCCCGACUCCAUCUUGUCGGUCAUGGAGACCGCCGUCCCAACUUCCUGGCAAAUGGAUAUCCUCACCGAUCCGGCCUUUCGCGCCUCCGUCGCCAGUGCCGCCGCAGAGGGCUCGUAUCCAGCCUGGUACAACGAGCUCCCGAGCAGUGUCAAGGCCUGGGCGACAUCCGUGGGUGUACAAAUGUUCGGCGACUUACCAACUGCCACCGCGGAUAGCGCGUUCCAGACGGACUCUAGCCUUGAGGCUGGAUCCAGCUAUCAAGGUGCCAGCCAGACUGUGAGUCAGACAGCUUCUAAUGCUGCCCUGACUACUUCCGCCGGCUCCUCCCAUGCCACCACCUCCCACUCAAGCUCGAGCUCGGCGUCGGCGUCGGCUUCGGCUUCAGCCUCGUCUGCUCAGUCGACGGGCGGUGCCCCUGCUCCUACCGGCGGGGUUGCCAUGGCUGUUGCAGGUGGAGCGGGUAUCCUCGCUCUUGCUCUUGCUCUGUAG